AUGAGCGUCUUUGAUCAGGCUUCAUCCUCCUCGAAUUCUAAUGAAGAACUUUCCAACAACAAACACACCUUCAAUGAUCCAUGCGAUGAAUUUGCACCAUUCAGCGAUUCUGAACUCAAAGAACUUUUGCAAAAUGACGAAAUUCCAGUGAGUAAACGGUCCCGAAUGUUAUAUGCUUUGAAACAAUGGACAGAAUCGGAAGACAAGAUGAAAAGAGCUAUUGAUAUUCUGUCGGUUGGAUUCAAAAGUAAAAGUGCUUUAUUGAGACAUGAAAUUGCCUAUGUGAUGGGACAGAUGCGUUCUGAAAUUGCCAUCCCCAUUCUUGAGAAUAUUUUGAGUAAUUUGAGUGAAGACUCAAUGGUACGACACGAAGCUGGUGAAGCCUUGGGUGCCAUCGGAAGUCCUUCUGCUCUGCCAACUCUUGAGAAAUUUGUGAAUGAUCAAUAUAGAGAAGUGAGAGAGACUUGCGAAUUGGCAAUUUUGAAUAUUCAAUAUCAACAAGAAAAGGCCAAGAAUCCACAAAAUAAUCAAGACUCCAUCUUUUCACCAUUCUCGAGUGUUGAUCCUGCACCUGCCUGCUCUGAUGACAAGAAGCUCAAAUUCGAUGACAUUAAGAAUACUUUCCUCGAUUUGAACAAGCCAUUAUUUGAAAGAUAUAAGGCCAUGUUUACAUUGAGAAACAUUGCUUCCCAAUAUCUAGAAUUAGACAAGCACGAUUACAUGUUGUGCUACAAGAGAAAGGCUCAAGCUAUUGAAGUUUUAUGUCAAGGAUUAUUGAAUCCAGAAGAAGGAGCACUUUUCAAACAUGAAGUUGCGUUUGUGUUGGGUCAAAUUCAAGAACAAUCCGCCGCUGACGCUCUCGAGUCAACCUUACGUGACAAGAAUCAGCACGCCAUGGUUCGACAUGAAGCCGCAGAAGCAUUGGGUUCCAUUUCUGAUCCUGAAUCGCUGAAACUUUUGGAAGAAUUCCAAGCCGAUGAAGUUGAAGCUGUGAAGGACUCAUGUGUCGUUGCCAUUGAUAUGCAUAAUUAUUGGUCUGCCUUUUUGUCAUUGCACAAGAACAACGAUGAAGAAGAGCAAUAA